AUGGCUUCAUUUCUAUAUCCCACAGUUACAUUUCAUCAAGACUCCAAACCCAUUAGGUUCCUUCCAUCAAGAUAUUCAAGACUCUUUCCUCAGAGCCUCAUUUGGUCCUUAGCCAACAACCCUUGUAACAAAAAUUCCAUCAAAUGCAAUGCUUUCUUAAACCACAUCUCGGACAAUCUUUUGGCCAACAACCCACUUCAUCUGGACCAGUUACUGCAACAGUUUUCGAGAGUGACCGAGGAGCUCCCUGAUGCUCAAAAAUGGGGUCUUUUUGUUUCUGCUGGAGUUACCUGGAUUUAUUUGACUGCUAGGCCUGGUGUUCUUCUAGGGGCCAUUGAUUCAUACAUUUUGGCUCCUCUGCAAGUGGUCCUGGACACCUUGAGUGGGAGGAGGAGCUUGAAGAGGACUGAUUUCUUGGUUGGUAAUAUCAUAGGUGAGGGGUCGUUUGGUGUUGUUUAUACUGGAGUGAUUGUUCCCAAGAACGUAGCUUUAGACGAAAAUUAUCCAAAAAAGGGAACUAGAAGAGCUCUCCAGAUGGAGGAGAGGUUUAAAGAAAAAGUUAUUCUCAAGAAGGUUAAAAUCGGAGUUCAAGGGGCAGUUGAGUGUGGAGAGUUUGAGGAGUGGUUUAACUACAGGCUGUCGAGGGCAGCUCCCGAGACUUGUGCAGAAUUUCUAGGAAGUUUUGUCGCGGAUAAAACCAACACUCAAUUUACGAAGGGUGAGAAAUGGCUCGUCUGGAAAUAUGAGGGAGAUUUAGACCUGGGCGAUUACAUAAAAGACCGAACUUUUCCUUUAAAUUUAGAGUCUGUCAUGUUCGGACGUGUUCUGCGUGGGCUGGAGUCUUUGGAGCGUAAUGCGCUAAUCAUCAAACAGAUUAUGCGUCAGAUAAUUACUUCCCUCAAGAAAAUCCACAACACAGGAAUAGUUCACCGAGAUGUGAAGCCAUCCAAUUUGGUUGUCACCAAAAAGGGGAAAAUCAAACUCAUUGACUUUGGGGCAGCCACAGACCUCCGCAUUGGCAAAAACUACGUCCCGAAUCGUGGCUUGCUCGAUCCUGAUUACUGUCCACCUGAACUUUAUGUAAUGCCUGAGGAAACUCCAAAUCCACCACCAGAGCCAAUUGCAGCCUUCCUUUCUCCAAUUUUAUGGCAGCUGAAUAGUCCUGAUCUAUUUGAUACGUAUUCUGCCGGAAUAGUACUAAUGCAAAUGGCGGUGCCAACUUUGAGAGGGUGGGAUUUGGCUACAAAACUUAUCUCGAAGAGAGGUUACUUAAGAAGGGGAAGGUUAUCGGCUGCAGCUGCUCUGAGGCAUCCUUACUUUUUGUUAGGCGGCGAUCAAGCUGCUGCUGUUAUCUCGAAAUUCAGUUUAAUGAAGCAGUGA